UGGCUCGGUCUGGGCAUCAUGGCGGUGGGCGGUCUGGGCAUGGACCGAAAGGACACCUUCAACAACCUCCGCCUCACGAACGUCGCACUCGAUCCAGUUAUCCUCAUUCUAGUCGGUACGGUGACAUUUAUCAUCGGUUUCACAGGAUGCGUCGGCGCUUUACGGGAGAACACAUGCCUCCUCGCCGCGUACGCGAUAUUUCUGGCGCUACUACUGCUAAUGGAAAUGACUGCCGGUGUCUUAGGAUUCAUCUUCAAAGAUUGGAUAAAGUCACAAGCUACGGGGGGCUUCCAAGCGUUCAUCAUCCACUAUCGGGAGGAUCCUGAUCAACAAAAUCUCAUCGACUGGAUCCAAGAAGACUGGUUACAAUGUUGCGGCAUCGAGGGCCCAAAGGAUUGGGACCGCAACAAUUAUUUCAAUUGUUCGUCGAGCGAUAUCGGCUCGAGGGAAGCGUGCGGCGUGCCUUUUAGCUGUUGCAAGCGAAAACCUAAUGAAAUUAUUAAAAAUAAACAAUGUGGCUACGAUGUUAGAAAGCCUAGUUAUAACUUUGAGGUCGCCAAAGUGAUUUACGAAAAAGGUUGCAUACAGGCCGGCGAAGAGUGGAUGGAGCGUAAUCUCCUCGCGAUUGCCAGCGGUGUGGUUGGUACUGCAUUUGCUCAGAUUCUGGGGAUCUGCUUCGCGCAAAAUUUGCGCGCGGAUAUAUUCGCGCAAAAAGCAAAGUGGCAUUGACAAUCGCGUGCCCCCACGGCAGUCUAGCAUCUUGUCUUUAUAGAUGCUAACCGGUUACGUUGAUCGAAUUAUAAAAGGUUCUCGAUUGAGAGCGGACUGGAAGCUUGGGCGAGCGGACCAAUUGGACCUACCUUCUGAUGAAGAGAAAACAUUGGAUUUCUCCGAAGAAUUUUCACGAUCGAGGCAAAACAAGAAAAAUACCUCGAUGCGCUCGUUAUCAUUACGAUUCUUCGACAAUAAUCAAAUUCGCUGAUAACGUUACCUUCGUACUGCUCAAAUCAUCCUUCGACUUGUAAACAUCCGAGAAACUUCGCAAUUGCACGCGACGAUUCUCGUCCUAACUCCUUCGGUACCGUCCAAUCGAUUAACGUCUUGAUUAUAUGUCGGAUAAUGAGAGAAAUUGAUUGUUUUCGAAGUUCAUUCUUAUCCGCCGCGCGUUAAUUAAUUUUGUUAGAUAGACUUCUUAUCGUAAAUAAAGUUAGAGUAGUCUUCAAAAGUAAUGACGAGUUUUGUAAAUAAAUUUUAUAAAUAUACUCCCGGGUGCGG